UUUGUGAUUCUGCAGCAGAAGAUGGCCCUCAUCUGCCUUGUACCAUCAUGUUUCAUCCAGAUGUUGGCUUGCCUGAUCCUGAGAAGGGACAAAAUACCAGGGCUGAGAUAACAGGCAAAAGUUCUGAAUGUGAAAUUUCAACUGAAAGUAAAACAGAAGAAUGCUGGGCUUCUGAUGUUAACACCCAGAUGAUGCCAUUAAAGAGUGAAUAUUUGAUUGCUGAGAAGGAAUCUGUUAGCUUGAAAUAUCAUAACAAAAUUUCUAGUUCUUCAAGGCAGCUGUUGUCUGAGGAAACUGCAUUUGAGUAUAUUACUGAAAUAGCCAACAGGCUCAGUUUAAGUGCAACUAUGGCUGACCAAGCGUUCACGUUAUUCAUGCAAGUGUGCUUAAAGAAAACGCUAAAUGUAACAAGAACUAAAAUCCUUGCUUCUGCCUGCCUGUUUACUGCCUGUCGAAAAGCUGGUGUUCCUAGAUCAUUUAAAGAAUUUCAGAAUGUUUCUCAGUUCUCUUUGAAACAGCUUGGUCGGUCUUUUAAACUUGUUCUAAAGGCUCUUGAAACAAAUGUAGCUUCAGUCAGCACAGAAGACUAUAAUUCCCGAUUCUGCUCAGAUCUGGGCUUGAACAAAGAUGUGCAGAGACUUGCUUCCUAUAUUGCUUGUAGAAUGAUGGAACUUAAUUUAUUCUCUAAUCGAAGUCCUGUUACAGUGUCAGCUGCUUCUAUUUAUAUGGCUUCCCAAGCAUUUGCAGAGAAUAAGUCACAUAGUGAAGUCGCGCGAGUUACUGGUGCAAACACUUCCAAUCUUAAACUGGUGUGCAAGGCUGCUGUUUCACAAGCUCUGGAACUUUUUCCUCCUGGCUUUGUAUUUUGUAUAGCAGAUGACAUGCAACAAAAAAGUUCUUAA